AUGAAAGUGACCGUUCUUAUUCUGACGUUCUCUUGCGGACUUGUAUUCGGACACAAUUAUGACCGUCCCCAUGCCGGCGACACUGGGGCAGUCGCUAGAGCGGCUCAACAGCUCUCCAGUGCGAGGCGCAAGAGAGAGGCGGUGGGCGCCCUUGACAUAGUGACGAACAACGCGCAGCCCAUACACGCCGAGGUCAAACCGGAAAACGGCGAGGUCGGCGGAAAGAAAUGUUCUAAAUCACAUCGAAAACGCUUGCCGUCGAAAAUAGAACCUGGUGUUGUUUUUCAGGUAACACCUCCGAAGACAUUAUUCUAUGAAGCAAUAUCAUUGCGGAAGUCGCUGCCUCUCACUAGCAAGUUGGAUUUGAUUCGCGGAAAAGCGAGCUCUGAAAGUAACACCCAAACGAUGCAUCUGAUACUGGAUGUUAUUAAUUUUAAAAAUAACAGCGCGGAUUCCCAACUGAAUCAAGUUCCUGUGAAAUGUAGUGAUGAAAAUAAUGGAAAAGUUGUGAGUUGUGUGGAAGCUACAUUGGCAGAUGAUAGUAGCUUGCUCAAAGUUAACGUCAAUGAAAACAAAGUCAACUCUGAUACACUUCCUGGCCUAAUGAUGCGUUCGGCAGAGAAGCUUUACAGAAGCGCGAAGCCUGCUGGCGAAGCUGGACUGAAUUUUCAGGAACGCCACGUACAAGCUGACAAGCUCACAAGUGGCAAUGACGUGACGAGCAAACUGCAGUACGUUGUUUCUAUG